AUUCGAUGUGUUUUAACUGAUUUGUAUUUUCGUGUAUUGUAUUUGAAAGAGUUCGAUAUUCUUGGAGAUUUUCGAGUAAUCGAACACAAUGGCGAGCGAAUCAGCCUUCAAAAUAGUUAAAAUUCUUUUUAUUUUUCUGAAUGUUUUAUUCUUUUUAAUGGGCGUGGCUAUGGUGGGAAUUGGAAUCUAUGUACAGAUAACUCAGUCCAACUUCCUGGCUCUACUACCCAAAUAUGAGUACGUGAAUGUGGUCGGAGUAAUGAUCGCCGCUGGUAUUAUAGUCUUAGUGGUGACGUUUAUUGGUUUCUGUGGAGCCUGGAUGGAAAGCCAGUGUAUGCUUAUUAUUUAUUUUACAGCAGUAUUGGUAGUAUUUGCUCUAGAAAUUGCAGUUGGUAUAAUUGGUUUUAUCUACAGAGACGAGAUAGAUGGUACAUUAGAGAAUCAACUGUUGCAAGGUUUAAAAGAUCCAGAACGAAGAGGAUCAUGGGAUAUUAUUCAAAAACAGUUUCGAUGUUGUGGUGUAAACAGUGCAAGUGACUGGCAAACCGAUGCUUCUAGUUCAGUUCCUGAUUCUUGCUGCCAGUACCGGGGCUGUGGUACGACUGGAAUGGCCAAUGCUUAUAGAUCGGGUUGUUAUACAAAAUCUCAAGAAUUUAUCAAAAAUAAUUUUUACACGUUGGGAGCUGCUGGUAUCGGUCUUGGAGUUUUACAGAUAUUUUUAAUGGCGAUAGCUUUAGCGAUGGUAUGUUGUAUCAGAAAGAGGGCUGUAUAUACAGCUUAGAGUAAAAACUACAACAAUAUAAAUCAUUUACAAGACUGUCUUCAAUAUC